UUUCAAGCUCUACGUGACUUUCACCCAUUGUCUACAGCAAAUUGAAAAAUAGCAAAAUAGGAAAAAAUAAUACACUUGUUCUCGAUAGUAUUUAUCAGCUCGUCAAUCCUCUCGCACAACGCAACGUAAUUACUACAUAAAAUGUAAAGCAGUUCUAGAUGACAUACUAUCAAAAUGAACGCCCGCAGUCUCACCAUAGUUCAGAUAAUCAUAGUAGGCUCUGUUAGCGCAGUAGUCUACGACGUUACAAAAUAUGGCGCUGAUACUACAGGUAGAAAUCCUAGUACUCAAGCUAUUGCAGCUGCUAUCAAUGCUGCAGCUUUAAAAAAUGGUGGUAUUGUGUAUUUUCCGCGUGGAAAAUACACCACUGGUCCAAUUGAGUUGAAAUCGGGGAUCCAUGUAGACUUUGCGGAUGGUACACUGAUUACUUUUCUAGAUGACCCGAAGUUAUAUCCUAGCAUAACUGUCAAGUUACCAGAUGGAAAGACGCGACACCUUCCCUACACGCCACUAAUCAGAGGUAUGGGUGUAAACAACGUAGCAAUCAAAGGCAAUGCCAUCAUUGAUGGUCGAGGUCAAAUUUGGUGGGACCGGCUUCACCCACCAAGCGAUAGACCCGUUUCGGUACACUUCUGGGUCGCAAACAAUAUUGUUCUGCAGAGCUUCCACAUCCAAAACAGUCCGAUGUUCAACGUACAUAUUGUGGACAGCAAUAAUAUUGAGAUAAAUAGUAUCAGCAUCAAAAACCCUCCAGAUUAUCAUGGAAAAGGCCCAAAUACUGAUGGCAUCAACCUCAACUCUGUUAAGAACGUACAUAUCGCUAAUGUCAAUAUAGCUACUGGAGAUGACUGCAUAGCACUUAAUGGGAACACUGACUCAAGAGCUACAAAUGAACUAUGCUCAAUACACUUGACUAAAAAUUGGGACGCUGACUUCGAGAAUAGUCAUUAAAACAUGCACUUUCCUCGACAUAACCUCCUUACUUUGUGCAAGGCCCCGAUAAUUCCUAUCCUCGAGUGCUACUCACAUGUUUGGGGUGCUGCCACCACGAUUACCUUGUCCGUACUCGAUAGCGUUCAGAGGAAGGAUGUUCGACUGAUCGAUAACCUUUUUCUAACGGAACCUCGCGAUCUCGCUCUCUUCUACCACUAUGUAACAGGCUUUGCUCCUUAGAGCUCCCUCCAUGAUGUCGUCAUGCGAUGAGUCUAUCAGAUAGACUAGAACCUUAAAAUCUAACACUUUCAAGCUUCGUACAUCCCGAACUUCCCGGUAUGAUCGUUGCUUGUUUCUUUUGUGGAACAAUCUGCUUGAGGAGGCUCUUCCAAGUUGUGCUAUCUUUAGGCAGCUCAAAAGUCAGACUGACAAUGUAUCUUUAAGCUCCUUACAGCGGUCGCAGUGCCCCGGUAUUUAGGCGGAUGCUUCAGCGUAAAAAGGAACUGUAGGGCUUUUGAAACUUGCUGUCAAUGUCAGCGCGAAAAUGUUCGCAUAUCCGGUGGCCUAGGCAUUCGAUUUGUCCAGGAAAUGGGAAUUGGUCAAAAUUGCGGACGCACAGAAUUUUUAUUUUGCAUCAAUAUUGAACUGAGGUAAAUUGAAAAACGGGCCUUGCAGAGCCUCUUGUCGUCAGCAAGAAAUAAGGUUUGAGAUCUAUAUAUACUAAGUGACAUAUAAAUCCGAACACCCAGUUUAAAUGGUUUUAUUUUAAUAAAAUUUUGUAUAAGUACUUAAUGGAGCAUAAUAAGUGAAUGAUAAAAAUUUCAAAAUGAUUUCACUGCUUUAAAGCCCUUUGACCUUUAAUAAUGUGUGGAUGCACCCUGAUGUACUACGCAUUCUCCAACG